AUGGGGGCCAAGUCUAACAAGUCGCUUUACUUCGACAAGCUCAAGGGCUUGCUCGAGGAGUACAGCUCCAUCUUCAUCGUCGAGAUCGACAAUGUCAGCUCUCAGCAGAUGCACGAGAUCCGACAUGCUCUCCGAAGCAAGGGUGUUGUCCUCAUGGGCAAGAACACCAUGGUUCGCCGUGCCUUGAAGACCUUCGUCACCGACUCCCCCGAGUACGAGCGUCUCCUUCCCCACGUCAAGGGUAACGUCGGUUUCGUCUUCACCAACGAGGACCUCAAGGAGGUUCGCGAUGUUAUCCUCGCCAACAAGGUCGCUGCUCCUGCCCGUGCCGGUGCUCUGGCCCCUGCCGACGUCUGGGUUCCUGCUGGAAACACCGGAAUGGAGCCCGGAAAGACCUCUUUCUUCCAGGCUCUCGGUGUCCCCACCAAGAUUGCCCGUGGUACCAUUGAAAUCACCACUGAUCUCAAGCUCGUUGAGGCCGGCUCCAAGGUCGGUCCCUCCGAGGCCACCCUGCUCAACAUGCUCAACAUCUCUCCCUUCACCUACGGUAUGGGUAUCUCCCAGGUCUACGACCAGGGCCAGACCUUCCCUCCCAGCGUCCUCGACGUCGGUGAGGAGCAGCUCCUCAAGACUCUGUCUGGUGCUAUCGCUACCAUUGCCACUAUCUCUCUGGCUCUGAACUUCCCCACCCUGCCUUCCGUCCUCCACUCCCUCGUCAACAGCUACAAGAAGGUUCUCGCUGUUGCCGUUGUCACUGAGGUCAGCUGGCCCGAGAUUGAGCAGCUCAAGGACCGCAUCGCCAACCCCGAUGCUUACGCCUCUGCUGCUCCUGCUGCUGCCGCUUCCGGCGGUGCUGCUGCCCCUGCUGAGGAGGAGAAGAAGGACGAGUCCGAGGAGGAGGAGGACGAUGAGGGAUUCGGCGGUCUCUUCGACUAA